UGUCUGCGGCCAGCAAUGCCGAUGACUCUUGGCGUUUCUAAGGCUCAGCGUCUUUCCGAGCUGGCAGCUCAGGGAGACCGAAUUCUCCGCUACUGCUACCAGCCCCGGGACCGCUGGAUGUUCCGGCAGACUCGCCUCGUCUUGGGUCAGGUCCAGAGUGCCAAAUCCUCCUUUUUGCUGAAACUUUGUCAAUGCAAAAGCCGAGCGGCAGACCCGGCAGCCAUCUUUCUGGCCCAUACGCAUUCUAAUUUGGCACGGAUCGUGUCUUCGGCUCAAGUUGGUAUUGAUCCUUCAGUUAUGGGAAUAGCACCCAUCACAGCGAUAAGAAAAGCUGUGGAAAAAGCUGGUUGGACAUUGGAUCAAGUGGAUCUAUAUGAAAUUAAUGAAGCUUUUGCUGCAUUAGGUGUUGCAAUAACAAAAGAACUAAAACUCAAGCCAGAAAAGGUUAACAUUGAAGGUGGGGCUGUUGCUCUUGGCCACGCCCUUGGAGCAUCUGGUUGUCGAAUCCUAGUUACACUUCUGCACUCACUAGAACGAACAGGUGGAAAACGAGGAGUUGCAGCUUUAUGUAUAGGAGGAGGAAUGGGCAUAGCUAUGUGUAUAGAAAGAUAAAGGAAAUUUUUCUUUGAUUUUAUAUCAAUUUGUAACAUGACUUUAUUAGUAAGUAAUAAAGAAACAAUAUUAGGCAAUACUUACAUUUUGA